AAUUUGAGGAGCUAUUCUAUAAAACUGAAACCUGUCCCAUGACAUGUUCAUGAUAAAAAUCAUGAGCUAUCCAUGUUUGAGAACAGGUUCUCCUUCAAUCUUAACGCGUUGUGUUGAACUGAAACUGUUGUAAUGGCUUUUGAACGGAUUCAUUUGGUCUUCGUCGGCCUGGCUAUUUGUUUUCUGUCAGGCUCUGUUUUUGGCCAUGAAAAUGAACUCAAGAAAAUAGAUUCUUGUAGCUGCUCAACGGAUACAGGAAUAAUCGAUCUUAAGAAAUUAGCAGGAACAGAAGGCAGGCCAAGAUUUUUCCUUAAUUCCUCAAAUAAUGCAAAGUUAAGCUUCAGUUGGAACCCAUGCGACCCAUAUUCACUGAAUGGAUCGGCAUGUAAAAAUGUUGCCGCUUGUUUAAAACAGAAAGCAGGAAAUACUUCAGAGUAUUACAGCGUUGCAAUACAAGACACAGCUGAAUUCUAUCAUAAAGAAGACGGGGAAAAUUAUUUGGAAUACACUGGGACAGCAUUCAAUAGGACUUCAGUGUUUUCUGUGCUUCUAAAGUGCGAGACAAAAGAGGAAGGCAGGGUUGAAUCAGUGACUGCUAAUAUCACCGAAAAUUUUUACGAGACUGUAUUAUAUUCCAAAUAUGCCUGCCCUUCUAGCCCUUCUAGCCCUUCUAGCCCUAGUGGCUUGAGCGACCUGGGUACAGUCGCCUUAAUUAGUGGCGUUUUUAUUCUGGGUGCUGUGAUCGUCGCCUUCUUUGUUUUUGUUGUCGUUUUGCGGAGCAAGCUUCCCGAUGGAGUUCCAAAGCCGUCAAUGUGUACCUCGAUGAAGGUUGCGCUGGGAAUGAUACUCGCUAAGUGCUGUCCUUGUCUGAAGAGCCCAGACUAUGAGAAAGUUCCCUAAUCCACGGAUAGCUUCUUCAAUUCUGUUUAACUUUUACAGCUCGUGGAGAAUGAUCGUAAGCUUGUCGGAGAGGAUAAAACCUGAAUUGGUGUUUAGGUUAUUAUUGGAAUGUAGAUUUUAGUAAACCGCUGAAAAUGACACAAAAGAUAUUUAUAAUCUGUAGACAAAAAGCUAUGCAUGACAUUAAAUUUGAUUCAUAAAACUCGAACAAUCAUAAA